GCGUGUGACGGUCACGAGGCAUGUGUACAGGCAUUGCUGGCAGCGGCGGCAAACGUUGAGGCGGCUUGCAAUCGUGGGCUGAGGGCCUUGCAUGGUGCAGCGGCAGAAGGACACACGGCCUGCCUCAGUCUGCUGAUCGCGUCCCACGCCAACCUUGAGGCAGCGGACAGCCGCCACCAGUGGACAGCCCUGCACUGGGCAGCAGCAGGUGGCCACCUGCCAGCCAUUCGCUGCCUGGUUGCGGCCGGGGCGAGCAUGGCGCUGCGGGACAAGGAAGGCCUCACCCCUCGCAUGCUCGCAAUCAAGCAUAACCAGCUGGGAGCAGCGAAGGUGCUGCUGAAGCUGGAGCAGCAGCGGGCGGGAAGGCGGCAGCCGGGUGUGACCAGCAGCAGGGCCCCACGCCGGGAGCAGGCUGAAGCCCAGGGUGCUGGCCCAGCCUCCACAGCUGCUGCCGAGGCUGCAGCUGAGGCUGCUGCUGCCCAGCUGCUGGCAGAGGAGGAGCGCGAGAGGCGGCAGCAGGCGGCCAGGCAGGCCGCCAAGGCCGCCAAGCGGCAGCAUCAGAAGGAGCGGCAGCGCCAGCGGGCUGCUGUGCCGGCAGGAGAGGUGGCGGCAGGCGUCAGGGUGUGCGCAGCAGAGGGUUGCGGCAACACGAGCGGCCUGCGUCGCUGCAGCAGGUGCAGGGCUGUGAGGUACUGCAGCGAGGCCUGCUCCCAUGCGCACUGGAAAGCGCACAAGGCAGAGUGCCGGCGCCUGCACACCGCUUCGGCCGCUGCCCAGCCCUGAGCCGCGGCCCACAGCGUUGCGGCGCCCGCCUGCCCACACGAUUGCGCCGCCUGGCCGCCUGCGUGGCGCUUGGAGCCAGACCGGGCGGCGACCCUUCCCUGCCUUGCUGCUGCGAGUGAAGCCCUUUCUUUGCUCUGCUUGUUUUCAACACGGAUGUUCAAAGUG